GAUCUACACCUAAAUAUAAAUAAAAUCAGUGAGAUCAGAAACCAUUCAAAUCAAAUAGAGGGGUCUGAUGUUUCCCUAUUGCCACAUAAAAACAAUAGAGCUUACCAUAUCAACAUAUAAUCUCUCUGCAUAUAAAAGCACAAUUUUAUCUGUUUUUGUUCAAUGCAGAAAUAGCUAUGGUGAAGCCUUGUGACUUGCAAAUCAACAUUAAUGGUCAGCAGAUAUUCCAUUUGAAAGAGAAGAUUAUUUCAAAAUACUGUGGAAAGGUGAAGAAGAUCAUGAAUCAUCAAAAGAGAAGGUUUCAAGUGAAGGACUUGAGGAUCAAAAUCAAUGAUUUCCCUGGAGGCCCAGAUGGGUUUGAGCUAGUUUCAAGGUUUUGUUACAACGAUGGGAAAAUACCAAUCACUGCAGCUAAUGUGCCUCACCUCCAUUGCAGUGCUGUUUAUCUUGGAAUGACUGAGAAGGUUUUCAGCAACAAUCUCUUGCAGCAAACAGAAGCUUUUCUUGAAGAAAUCUAUCACUGGAAAUGGAAUGAUGUACUUGUAAGCCUCAUUAGUUGCCAGUGGUUUUACACAUAUGCAGAUGACUAUGGUCUCCUGGAGAAGAUCAUUUCUGCAGUCUUAGCAAAGAUUUCCCAAAAUUCAGACUCCAACCUUCUCCGCUACUCCUCUUCAUCAUCAUCACUGUCAUUAACAUCUUCGCCGGAAAGCAAUUCUGCCAAGAGGUUCUCUUCUUCAUCCCAAACUACCCCAGUUAAAAACAAGUCAGGUUUGCAUAGCAAAGCAUGGUGGUUUGAUGAUUUGGCAACUUUACCCCCAAAUAUAAUUGAGAAGCUCUUUCAGACGGCUGGAGCAUACAAAGAUGAUAACAACAAUUUAAUCCUCACAAGAUUUCUGUUGCUUUAUCUGAAAACAGCUACUCAAACCAGAGUGGUUAAUUGUAGAAACAGAAGUGAGUAUGCUGCUCUUGCAGAAACAGCUGCUUAUGGUGUAAUAUCUGUUGGUAGGAAGAAGUUCUCUUGCAGAGGUCUUUUUUGGGUAUUGAGGAUUUUAUCUGGGUUUGGGAUGAGUAGUGGUUGCAGAACUGAAUUGGAGAAAUUGAUUGGUGGAAUGCUUGAGCAGGCUACACUGGAUGAUCUUCUGGUGUCAGGGCAUGAUAUGGGAGUUCAUUAUGAUGUUGAUUUGGUGAUAAGGUUGGCUAGACUAUUUGCUGAUAGCAAUGGCUCUGAUGGAUUGUAUUUACAGAAGAUGAAAAGGGUUGGUAGAUUACUUGACAAGUAUUUGAGAGAGAUAUCCCCUGACCAGAACCUCAAGAUCUCUCAAUUUCUUGGAGUUGCAGAGUGCUUGCCAGACCCUGCAAGGGAUUACUUUGAUGGUGUCUACAAAGCCAUUGACAUCUAUCUUGAGUCUCAUCCAACUAUGACAUUUGAGGAAAGAUCGAGAUUGUGUGGAUGCCUUAAUUGCAGUAAACUCAGCUUUGAAGCUAGUAAAGAUUUGGCCAAGAACCCCAGAAUACCUCCAAGAAUAGCAAUGGAGGCUCUUAUUUCUCAAGGAUCAAAAAUUCCAACAAGCGACUUUGUAACUGAGAGUCCAAGGAUGAAGAAGCCUUCCAAAAUAUUUUUGUACAAUGAAGCCAACAGAGAUAGCUUCUCCCGAGAAAAUAAAGAUAGAGCAAACCUUCAGAGAAUGCAAUGGAAAGUAGCAGAACUGGAGAGCUUAGACAAAGAAAUGAAUGGUCAGAUUUCAAAGUUGUUUAGCCAUAAUCUCUUCCGUAGUCCUGCACGUGCUAGAGCCUCGCCAAGAUUGUGUUGAAUAUAUUCCUCCAGUUACCUGUUUAUUACUAUCCAUCAUAAACUGGUAUUUCUAGAAUUGUAAAAAGCUGUAGUUUUACUUCUAUUAUAUAUUUGGUUCAGAAUUUCAACGUGAUAGAAGAAAUGAAAUAUAUUUGGUUCUUCAUUA